UCAUUCGUUUUCACAGUAUCGAAGCGUACGGACGUCUCGCGCGUCGCGUAGAUAUUUUAUUAUUUUCUCAGCUUCUGGUAGGUGGUGCGCGCAGCAAAUAAAGAAAUUUGUGUAUUGCAGCAGAAGUUUUUCGCUGCGCACAGGCUGUGCCGCUGCUUGCAAGAGACUCUACCAAGCAAAGCAUAAAACUAAUUGUAACAAAGAAAGGUGUAAAUCGCUGGAAAAAAAAAACAAAAAAUAAAUCCAAUAGCAGUGAAAACGAAACGAAACAUUUAAGUUCAAGGUUUAUUUCCACACAAUGCCAGAACCGAAGUUCAAACGCAACUAAAUUUAAAACUGUGUGCAGAUUUUUGUAUACACUGUCGCGUACGUGUGUGUGUGCGUGUGCGUUUGCGUGUGUUAGUGAAUGUGACUUCUGCAUUUUGCUGUGGCUUAAACCAAGAGCCAGCCAGCCAAUUAUUGAAUUAACAAAUGUGCACACAAUAAGAAAAUAUAGAAAACAUUGUCUCGAUCUAUCUGUGGAAAAAUAUCUAAACCCAAUUACUCAGUUUGCUCUCAGUUUAAUUCGAUUGACACAGAGGCAGGCGGCAGAGCGCGAGCGCAAGCAACAGCAGUAGCGACAUCAGCAGCAGCAGCCCCAACAAAAUAUAAGGCGACAGACUUAACUUGCCCACUUUUCGCCCGUUGGUGGUGGGAGACGCACACAGAGUACAACAACAACAAGGAGAGCCAAACCUACUCCAGCUCUCAGCUCUGCUUUUGCGCAGAUUGACGCAGCGAAUUCGCCGUCUCGUUGAGCGCUGCUCAGCUGCAGCUCGGUCGACGCUGUUUGGAAACACCUUGCUCCAAUAUUUUUGCCUGGCUGUGUGCUCUGCUCUGCUCUGCUCUAUAACUGCCGUUAGUCCAAACGACUCAGUGGCCGUUGCCGUCGCAGUCGCCGUCUCAGUUUCGUUUCGUGCGAUUCUUUAGCUGCAGCUGUAAAAAUCGUCGGAAAAUCGCAGCCACAAAGAAAAAGGCAACAUUUUUGUGUUGUUGUAAUUUUCCAAUGCUGCUUGACUGCGCUUUGCACGCGAUUCCCUACAAUUUGGUUGCGGCCAGCACUGCUGCAACAACAACACCAACAACAACAAUAACAAGCAUAAGCGAAACGGCAGCAGCUUCAACAUUGUCGCCGUGUCGCCAGCAGCGCCGCAGCAUCGCCAGCCCCUUGGUCUCGCCAUGUACAACAACAGCAACGGGAGGCGCAGCAGCGAUGCCAGCAUAGAACAGAAUACGCAGCAGCAGUCGCAGCAGGAGGAGGAGCAGCAGAUGCAGCAGGCGAGCGCAGUCAGGACGAGGACGAGCACGAGCACGAGCAGGAGCAGGACUAUUGCCACGUCCAAGGCGAGAGCCAGGGCCACGUCGUUAAUCUAUUUACCGCCUUUCUGCCAGCCAUGUGGACAUGUGCCUGCGGCCAGCAGCAGCAGCAGCAGCAGCUGCUGUUGUUGUAGUCAGCGACAUAAAAAUUAUGAUAAACAUGCCGCAGCGCCGACGCUGACAGCGGCAGCAGCCACAGUCUCAGCCGCAGUCUCAUCCUCAGCCUCGCCAGCAACUGGCUGGAAAUUCCUGCAGCGUGAUAUUCAGUUAAGCGUGGAUGAGGACGCAGUGGCGCAUAGCUGCAACGAUCUCAGACAGGCAACGCAAUUAGUUAUGCCAAUUGUUGUAGGUGGCAGCAGCAGCAGCAGCAGCCACGUCUUGGAAUGCCUGACGUUUCCGAUGCGGCGCCAGCGACGUGAACGACAAACUCUGCACUCGCUGCACACAAUAAAACCAAUCAGCAAUGCAGCAGCAGAAGCAGCCGCAGCAGCAACAGCAGCAGCAACAAAUAGUUCGCAAACAACGACAACGGCUUUGGCCACAAGUGGCCAGAACGACGAGCAGGCGGAUGGUCUUGGAGAUGAAGAUGAAUGUAGGUGCUUUAACUACAACGGUGAUAUUAGUGCGCUGGAACGUCUAAAGCAGGAGCAGCAACAGGAGCAGGAGCAGGUGGAGGAUAAGGAGCAGAUGGAGCAGACUUGCGAGUGGUAUCAACUUCCUAGCAUUACGUGGCUAAAAUUCUGGCAGCAGCUGCUGCGGCGGCAACUGUGCAACAACAGCAGCAGCGACGCCAACAACUCCGCCAAUGCGACAACGCAAACAACGAACACAACGACAACAACAACAACAGGAACAGGAACAACAUCAAUAAUAGACAGGAGCAGGGGAAGGUGCGGGCAGCUGGAGCCAAUCACAAGGCUGGCAACGAGCUGUGGCAGCAACAGCAUGACGUCGACAAAAAGUUGGCUGGGACCGCUUUUGCUGACUCUGCUGCUGGCCACGUCCGUUAGGGGCUGGGGCGGCCGUCAAGAUGCGCCCACAAAUUGCACGUUUCCGGCACGCUGGGAGGGCUCCUGGUUCCUAUCGGGCUAUCAGCAAUCCAUACACAUCAAGGGCUCACAGUUCAGCUACCGCGGCAGGUGUGCGGCCUCAGAUGGUAACAAAUAUCUGAUAGUCGAUGAGAAAGGAUGUCAUCGUUGCCUGGUUAUCUAUGAGAAGCAUAAGAAUGUGCUCCAGUAUAAAGAAAGUGAGUGCGAAGGUGAUAGUAUGUAUAUGCAUCAGUCGAAUCCAUCUGCACUGGCGAUGCGUAGCUCUAUUAAACAAAGUGAUCAUAGGGGGGGAGCUCAUCCCAAUACGAACAACGGGCAUUCAAGACUAUCAUCAUCGGAUCAGUACAUAAUGAGAUCCAAUGACGAUAUGAAUGAUUACUUUUGCAAGGGCCGUGAGACUUUACAGAAUCUCUGCGAUCAAAUACCGGGCGAUGCUCUGCUCUAUUCCCUCUUCCGCGAGAGCGCCGAGCCGGUCAAGUGCCCGCUAAAGGGUCCCUUCAUAUUCACGUACAAUCGCGGCCACGGCGAGUGCAAGUCGCCCGUCUCGAACAUCGAGAGCUGCACCGAGGAGAGUCGCCUGCUCCUCAGUUUUCAGGCCUGUCCCGAUGUCCAGGGCACCGAGAGCACGGUUGAGGAGCUGACCUGCCUGGCGACCUGGAAGGAUGGCAACUCACGCUAUUUGGUGGGUCUUGUCUUGCAUCAUCAUGCCAUUUCGAAUGAGGAGCGUUAUCGCUGCUUUGUUUACGAGAAAAUCUCCUCGCUGAUGGGCGGACCGAGCAUGCUCAGCUCGAAGGAUGCCGAAUAUAAGCUGGCGCAAUCCGGCGACGCCACUUGCAAUGGCUUAGACAGCGCCGAGGUUGGCUCGCGAAUAAUGUCGCUGCGGAAACCGCCGGCGGCUGAGCGCUGCGAUUUUCCCGCUUGGUUCAAGGGUCCGCGACACUGGCAUGCACUUAUGGGCAAUGCCGUCUACAAUUAUCAUGCCAAUGAUGGCUCCGUGCACAUUAUUAAGCCCAACGGCUACAUGGAGACACGUGCUCUCUGCGAGCAGAUAAACAAACAGACCUCAACCGAAAUGAUGGCUGUGGUGCACUAUACCACCGGCUGCAAAUCCGGGUUUAUGUGCAUGAUGUUUUACCGUCGGGACACGCACGUCAUUGAGAUACAAACGGGCAAGCAGGCCACUCGUCUGGAGGAUGCCUGUGCACCGGAUCACUUUGACUUCAAUAAGAUGGCCUACAUAACGCUGCUGGCAAGCAAUCCGGAACCGCAUAUCUGCCCGAUGGAGGGCCUGUACACUCUGCGCGGCGCAAUUGGGCCGCCUUACCUGGUCACGCGCCACAAGCGCAAUCACAAUGGCAAAUCGCAUCUCGGACAUGGCCAUCAUCAUCAUGGCGAUGCCUUGGAUGCCGGCUCCUUUGCCCACAAGGGGCACAGCACACUCAGCUUUCGCAAUGCCGAGCGCAUGGAGCGUGGCUCCUGGCAUGCCAACACGCGCGGCCUGCCCGUGCGCAGCCGACGCAAUGCACUCCCGGCACAGCAGGAGCCGCAGCAGCAGCAACUCCAGCAACAGCAGCAGCAGCAGGAAGCUCUGGUGCUGAGCAGCGCCAACGAUACCAGCGUGGGCUUCGUGGCCACGCGCAGUCGUCGCGAUGUGCCCGGCUGUGUGACCAACUACAAUGCCCAGCGACAGCUUUGGGUCGGCUGCACUGCGCCCAAUGUCAUCGAUGUGAGUCCCCUGUGCAGCGUGGACGGCGAGGAAGAGUACUCCUGUCAUGGCUCGUGGAGCGAGAACAGCACCGUCUACAUUAUAGCCAGGCACAAGGGCACCAAGCAUGGCGUCUGCAUUAGCUACAGGCCAACGGAGGGCAAUGCAGCCAAGCUGGUUGUCGGCGAUGCCUGCUAUCGCGGCACGCAAAAGCCGCCCGAUCAUCAUCUGGUGGCCAAUCUAUCCGUUUUUGGUAAAUGCGGCGAAACAGGCUCCAGCGCCAGCACAGCUCACCUGGCCAACUGGAUGGUUCUGUUGGCCAUGUUGACGUGUCUAACGCUGCAAAGCUGAGUUAAUCGGGCGAGUAGCAUCUAAUUUGGGACUGCACAACAUUCAACAAUUUCGAUAGCCAGGCAAGAGGAGCAAGAGGAGCCUGCACCUAAACCCAAAAAACCACAACCAAAUCCCCAAUAUGAUGAACAUGUAUACAAGACACACACAUUUAAGACUAAUUGUACAUUGCAUAUUGUAUAUGUAAGGCCUAAGCGACCGUAAAAACAAUUCAAAUAUCCUUUGCUGUAUAUAACUUAUUUGUUUAUUGUUUAUCAACCUUGUUUUGUUUAGUUCUAAGUGCUUUAUAUUUGAAAUCAAUAUAUUAUAUAUAUAUAAAAGAAAAAAGAAGUUAAAAUUAACGAGCAAAAAAAUGGUUUGCAAUAAAGCCUUAGAGCAAGCGCUUAGUUUAGGCCUAGUUAAGCGCGCCUUUUGCGAAAUGUAGCGCUGCAGUUUAAGCAAAUAUUUCUUUAUAUGUAAAACAAUUAUGCAGAAAAACACAAAAAUAAAAUAAAAAUGAAAAAUGAUUAAGCAAAAGACAAAAUAUAACAACUACAUAUACGAAUAGAAGCUAAAAGCUUAACGUUCUGUAUGCUUAAUAAAGUUCUAUGCAUUUAUUUUUCUAUAUCAUUUCCAAAAUGUUUCCUACAACAAAAAGUACACACACACAAACAUACACACACAUAUACAUAAAUACUAAGUGGAAAAACGAAACAAAAUAACAACUUUCUAGCAACUACGUAAAUGUAUGUAAAAGUUUAAAUUAGUUUUCAAAUUGUACAAAAAACAAAAACACAAAAAAAAAAGAAAAGGAAAUGCAGAAAACGCGUACACACACAUAUAUAUUUUGUUGUACAGUGCAAAAUAGUUUGUAAUAAGCAUAAUUAUACUAAUAAUACAUAUAUAUAUAUGAGAAUAUAUAUAUAUAUAUAUGUGUAUACAUAAUAAUACAAUUUUGCAUAGGAUCACAUUGGUUUCAUACAUACAUAAUUAAUACCUUGCAAAAACUAAGCAUACAAUACAUACACAUAGACAUAUAUAUAUAUAGAUAUAUAUAUAUAUAUUGUAUGAUUCAUAGCGCAGGCAUAAGAAAUUGUGAAGUUUCAUGAACUUUGAACUUUAUUAAGUAGCUGCACAUCACACACGUUCAUAAUCAAUCAACUAAUUUCUAAUAAAACACACAGACACAAACCGAGGACAACCAAUCCGAGAGACAACAAUGAAUCAGCAAGAAAUGCUAAGAAAUAAUUAGAGUGUUUAAGGCAAUUAAGCGGUGAUAUAGGUCUAGAAUAAACAAAACAAAAUGCAACUGUAUAAACAACAACAUCAACAGGCAGUCAGGCGGACAGACAGACAGACAGACAGACAGAGGCGAUAAGCCUAAAGAUAGUGUAUCCAAAGGAUUUCAGAAACUAGCAUUUUCCCUCGAUUACAUAUAGAGUUAAAUAAACAAAACAAAACAAAAAUCCAAUUUUGUCCUAAAAGUGAAAAACAAACGAAAAGAAAAAACAACCCCUCGCGGUUAAUAACUAACAAUUCCGUAGCCUCUUCCAGGCGCAU